CCGAGUGUCGUGGAAGCACUUCCAACCAGAAUUUGGAAGUUUUUUUCCAUAUUGAUUAGUUAUAUCGCUUUUGUUGUUUACUCGCCACAUUUUUUUAGCCAGUUAAUUGUGCUGUCCAAAAACGCGGCCACAAAUCGGCAUAAAAAUUCGCUAAAUCUAAUACGAAGAAACGAAAUAAAUCUCAGCAGCUGGCAGCUGGGAGCGUGACCGGAAUCAGGAACUGAGAGCGCCAACAUUGUCAUCGCUAUCCAAUCGAAUCAAAUCCAAUCCCCAACGACGCAACGGAAGAGUCGCGGCCCAGCGCACAAUCCCUCGAUGUCCGCGGGUGUGGGAGGCGGAGGGAGCAUAACCACAGACCACCAUAGCCGUUUGUACUUCCUCAACUCGCCGACGGCGCCGCUCACCGCUCGCGACCCCUUCUUCAUCAAACCGGAGUACCUCAGCUAUGAGAGUCCCAUGCACCAUCUCUACCCCUCGAACCGGGGCCUCAUAGAGUACAACAACUACAGCACAACCGCAGCGGCCGCCGCCGCCGCAGCCUCUGCCACAACCUCGGUCUCCGUAUCCGUCCCUGCCACAGCUGGGAGUGGGAGCGGUGCGGGCACUGCUCCAGGAGCGGGCGCGGGAUCCGGUUCGGGCUCGGCAGGGAACAGCGUUGCUAGCGUUACGGCUGUCCUAAACUUGGAGAAUACCUUCCAGCAGCAGCAGGCGGGCAAUCCCCACCAGCAACAGCAGCAUUCGCAGGAACAGAACGUUGGCGGGCAGCACCAGCAGGCGCCGCAUCCCCUGCACCAUCAUCUCUCCACGGGAGUUGUCGUUGUCGGCGGCCCAAGUGGUGGUGGUGGUGGUGGUGGUGGGAUCCUUGGAGUCGGACUCGGCGUUGGCGGUGCCCAUCAGUCGCAAUCGUCGCGCGCCCAAAAGGCGGCCCGUCGGCGCAGCAACGAAUCGAUCGAGGCGCGUGAGCGCCGCCUGGAACGGAACGCUGCUCGGAUGCGGGACAAGCGCUCAAAGGAGUCGGAGGCGGAGUACCGCCUCCGGUUGGCCAAGAAUGCCGAGGCGAAUCGCGUCCGUCGCCAGAACGAAAACGAAGUACAAAGAACCCUAAGACUGAUGAAGAACGCCGCCAGACAGCGUCUGCGACGGGCAAGCGAGACGUCAGACGAGCGGAAAAAGCGGCUGGCCAAGGCAGCGGAGCGAAUGCGGGUGGCGAGGGCCAGCGCUCCUAAGGUCAUAAAGCCACCGCUAGCGGAUCGGCUAAAGGGCUACUAACACUACACACACAAAGAUACACACACAGACACACACAUAGGCAGACCGACAGGUCUGGAGAGGAUCAGCUGGGGAAGCAGUGCAUGAGAAGUGGGAUAAGCUGUGUAAAAUCGGUGCAAGCAGUGCGCGGCAAACCUUUGGAGCUGGCUCCAGACAAAAAAAAACAAAGAAAGAUAAGUAGUUGGAAGGAAAGAGGUAGAGAAAUGAUGUGAGCGGAGGCAGUGCUGUAGAAGAUCGUCGGCGUCGUUUUAGACAUCUAUAAAUUAUAUAUAUUGUAUACAUAUGUAUGUAGAGCGAGAGUAAACCAGGAUUAGAAGCGAGACCAGAAACCAGUUAAGAAUCCAAAAGGAAAGUGAGAAAGCAGGAGCCGGACGGCAGGAUCAGAAUAUGGAAUACGACGGUAGCACAUUUAGAUAUAGGGCCGGCAAUUUUUUUUUAAGUUAACAUUUAACAUGAAGUAAAGUAAAAAGUAUAAAGUAAAGAAAAGUAAAGUAUUUUUAUAAUGCAUGCAUUAUAUUCGUACAAUAUAUAAAUACAUAUAUAUAUACAUC